AUGUUAGCAUACGGCGUCCCAGCAGAUGGUGCCAAUGAGUACAUAAAAAUAGGAGAGUCUACAAUUAUUGAAAGUUUGAAGAGAUUCUGUCAUGUAACUGUGGAGGUUUUUGCUGAGCAAUAUCUAAGAUCACCUAACUCUAAUGACAUUUCUAGGCUACUCCAUGUUGGUUCCAAUAAUGACAUUAAUGUGUUGGAGGCAUCCUAUCCCUUUUCCAAUCUUGCUUCAGGUAUUGCUCUUCCUGCUCAUCAUGUUAUUCGAGGAAAAGAAUAUAACACGGGUUAUUAUUUAGCUGAUGGUAUAUACCCGAAAUGGUCUACUCUUGUACAAACUAUCCAUGUUCCACGAGGAACUAAAAAGAAAUAUUUCGCAAUGAAACAAGAAUCAUCUCAAAAAGAUGUAGAACGUGCAUUUGGAGUUCUUCAAUCGUGUUAUGCAAUUGUUGUUGGAUCAUCACGUUUUUGGAACAAUAUGUGUUACAUGAUAUAA